AUUCAACACCAUGUGUGUGGACCCAGCUUGUCCCCAAAGCCUGUGUGGCCCCGAAGCAUCCAAUUCUAGGGAAUCUUCACCAAUGCCUGAGAUUUAUGGGCCUGAAGAAAAUUAUGUGUCCUUGCAAAUGUCAUCUGCUGAGACCCAUGAUGUGGAGACUGUCUCUCCUUUUCCUUCCUUCUCCAUGGAUCUGCUUAUUCAGGACAGUCCUGAUUCUUCCACAAGCCCCAGAGUAAAAUUACUGGCCAGGGCUGCAGACAAGAGCACAGAGAAGAAGGAAGAGAAGGUCCUGGUCAAGAAGCAGAAGACCAGAACCGUGUUCUCUCAGACACAGCUGUGUGUGCUCAGUGACAGAUUUCAGAGGCAGAAAUACCUCAGCCUCCAGCAAAUGCAAGAACUUUCCAACAUCCUGAACCUUAGUUACAAACAGGUUAAGACCUGGUUCCAGAACCAGAGAAUGAAAUGUAAGAGGUGGCAGAAAAACAACUGGCCGAGGAAAAUCAACAUUGUGACUCAGGGCCCAGCAACUACAGAAUACCCGGGCUUCUUUUCCUACCACCAAGGGUGCCUGAUGAACUCUUCCGGAAACCUGCCCAUGUGGGGUAACCAGACCUGGAAUAACCCAACAUGGAGCAACCAGAGCUGGAACAGUCAGUCCUGGAGCAACCAGAGCUGGAACAGUCAGACCUGGUGCUCCCAAGCCUGGAAUAACCAGACUUGGAACAAUCAAUUCAACAACUAUGUUGAGGAAUUCCUGCUGCCCCAGAUCCAGUUCCAGCAAAAUUUUCCUGUCAGUGAUUUGGAGGCCACCUUGGAAACUGCCAGGGAAAGCUAUAACAUAAUACAGCAAACUGCUAAGUAUUUCAGUUCCCAACAGCAAAUCAUGGAUUUAUUCCCAAAUUACUCUCUGAACAUACAGCCUGAAGAUUUGUAACGAUGGCUGUAUUAUUCAAGCUCAAUUUGAGCCGUGACUGUAUUACUUCCCUAUAAUUUUUCUUUUACAAUUACUUAUCUCUCUGCCUUGAUAAGCUGCUUUUCAUUGUGCCUUUUGUGUCAGUUUGGGGGUGUAUGAUUGGUAUCUAAUCAAAGAGGUUUCAGAAGCAUUGGCUUCUACGGACAACAUGAUAAAAGAUGACUGGUGGCUAUAGAUAACUAGGUUAUAAUACUAUUUUUUGGAUAUCUUUAGGAUCUAGAACCUAACCUUAAGAAUAGGGAGCAAAAGUACAAAGAUGUGUGAUGAAGGAUUAUGCAUAUUUUCUGGGAUGGGGAGGCUUUACUUGUCAAGAACCUCAGUUCUUAAGGUGAAGGGUUAAGCUACAAUGUGCUUCACUGAUUUCCUCUACCCCUUUUUACUAUUUUACUACAACCCCUAAUUUUUUCCACCACUCUAGUAUUUGUAGAAGGAUGUUUUGAUUUGUCCACAUCAUAAUACUACCAGUUGGCUGGUUCAUUUAUAAGUACCAAUAAAUUUAAAAAUUACCCGUUAA